AUGCAGAAUAUUGCGUCCAUAGCCUCCCUGGACGGCAAAUUCUCAAAUUCGAGUGGUCGCAAAACAGUCAUCCAAGCGCUCCGUUAUGAUUUCGACCCACUGGAGAUCUCAAAGCUAACUGGCCACGCCAAUCCGGAAUCCAUAUCCAGCUACAGCCAUAAUCUUCUGGAAAAACAGCGGCAACGACAACUACCAAUGGCGAUUCAAGUCAUGUUUUACGGGAGAUUAUUCUCAACAGCUCAGCCCGCCAAGCUAUGCAGCAGAUACGAGUAACCGUGACAGCCGUGCCAGUCGUUCUAGUUACCUGAUGAAAGGGGCAGUAAGCGGGAUAUUUACUAGUUCGAUAUCGUAG